UUGUGGAUGCUUUCUCUCCUCCCCCCGCUUGUCCUUCGUGCGUAGUUUUUGUUGGUGGUUAUUUUCUGUGCUCAGUGAGAACAGGCGCUUUUCUCUAUGGGGGGAUUCUGAGAUUCACAGAGAGCCGCGGUACUUUUCCUCCUGGACUUUCUCCUCCUCCUCCUCUUCUCCUGAUAUCGCGGAGUGCUUAUCUGACUGAAGCUCAGCCUGAACAUCUCUGAGCUCUGUGAGGAGAAGCGGAGAGACAGAUCUGCAGCUCCAGAGCCGCUCUUCCGUCUGUUUGGGCUGUCCCGUCCCUCCAUCCUUCUAAUCACCUGCCCGUCGAGAUGUCAGCUCCUGCUUCGGAUGCUGCUAGCCCAGGUGCCCCCGGGGCUCCAGAGGGUGAGGGGGGACCACCCGGUGCCGCCCCAAACCUCACCAGCAAUCGUCGCCUCCAACAAACACAAGCCCAAGUAGAUGAGGUGGUGGAUAUCAUGCGUGUGAAUGUGGACAAGGUUCUGGAGAGGGAUCAGAAGCUGUCGGAGCUGGACGACCGAGCUGAUGCGUUGCAGGCUGGAGCCUCGCAGUUCGAGAGCAGUGCAGCCAAGCUGAAGAACAAGUACUGGUGGAAGAACUGCAAGAUGAUGAUCAUGAUGGGGGUUAUUGGAGUCAUCCUGAUGGGCAUUGUUUUCAUGUAUUUCUACUACUGACUUGGCCUCUCUGUAAACAAGGACGUGAGCUAAUCUGCCAGGAUGCAGAUGCUUUGUGUGAUUUCCACCAUGCCUUGUCCUCACCUCCGCCCUUCUCCCAACUGAUGCCUUUCAUCCGAACCGCAGCACGUGUGUAGCCGUCAGCGCAGUGCCUCGUCCACUCGUCCUCUUCUCAACGCAGCCAUAUUCCUUCAUACCUCUCUCUGAGAAUGCUUCUCUUUCCCUGUGUCUGUCCUGUUGUGGGCUUCUCCCCUGCUGUUGUAGCUUUGAUACUGAAAUGUCUGUGUUUUUCAUACUGCUUCAGGGGGCUAAAGUAAGCGAUUCACGUGUGUAUCGGUUGUCCUUAUUUGACAACAUAAAAAAAAAUUACAUUUAUUAUUCUAGAUGAUUCUAUUCUAUACAUAUAGAAAACAAAAAUAAAACUCAACCAAACAACCUAAUCCAAAUUAGAAUUCAGGAUUCAGGUGAUAGGUAGAUAAAUGGAUUGGUAGAAUGUUAUGUGGAUGUGUAUGUGUGAUCUAAAAAUUGUAAUACAUUUUAAGUAAUGAAAAAUAUGGACAAUGGAUAAUAUUAGUGACAGUUUUUAAUUCUGUUCAAAUGUUAUAAACCAACAGACCAGUAAAACAUUAUUAAACUGAACUUAAUUCCCUUUUUUCUUAGUUUUUCUUCCACACACUCUUAUCUGUGUGGCCCAGUCCCACGUUCUGUUUCUAGCAGGAUGCCUUUCACCAUCGCUUCUUGAAUUUCAUGAAUUUACACUGAUGAUGUGAUACAAUUCUUAAAGCAUUGUUGAGUCUUAAAAUGUCUGUCUCUAGCUCUCUAUGGCUGGUUUAUCUGUGUUGUGUGCUGGUAUGGAGAGGUAUGUUUGCAACUUGUUGGAAAUGCAACAUGAAAAUGGGUUCAUUGCUGAAGGAUGAUCAUGAGCUAUGCAAAUCAAAAACUUUGAGAUCAAUGUAAAAUGUUGAAUGUACAAACAUGAUUCAGACUUUAUACAUUUAUAAAAAAGAUAAAAGAUAAUGACAUAAUUUCACAUGAAAGGAGUAAUUUGAUUAGAUGAUUUUACAUUUUUAUUAUUUUACAAACUGCUGUGCAUUUGAUACAUCUUUAAAAUAUAUCAUGUAUAUCCUCUAUACUGUAUAAGAUUAUGGUAAAGUCCUCAUAAAUGCCAGAUAGGGUCACAUAAUUACAGCAGAACGGUUGGGAAAUGGUUGGGGAAAAAAAAAUCUCAUCUCAACCUGAAGUCUAUGAAGUUUAUGAAGUUGUAAAAAGCCAUGUUAGCCACACUGACAAGCCAUAACAGAUUUGGACUCCCCAAGGAUCCACUCUGUAUUAUCAGUAAAUACUAGCUGGGUAUAGUAUUAACACAUUCAAUAAACCAAGGGAAAAAAUCUAAUCCUAUCUAUCAAAUGAUGUAAAUUAAAAAGAAAAUGAUGUAAAACUAACUAGGAAGGCAACAUAUUGCUGUUUUACACGCAGUUUGUGUCAUACUGUACGGUUUGAUAAAUAGCUUUAGUGAAAGGAAAAGUAAAACAUAUAUGUUGAGUUGGGUAGUGCUUUCUGUAGUCAAAAGAAUGUUUUUGCCCCUCCAGUAUUUAAAGAAAUUGUGAUCAGAAAAUACCCAAAACAAGCAGAACUGCACUACACCGCAUCCAACUUUAUUCAACACCCAUCACUGCAUUUAUUCAGGAGGCUAAUUCUAUGCAGGCCAGUGAAUGUAAUUUUACUCAAUACCAAAACAUUUAGUGGCGAAGAGUCAGGGAUUUUCUGUGGUGUGUUUGGAAUUUAACAGCAUGUCAUUUGCCCAUCUUGUGCUGAUUCUAAUAAAGUGAUGAAAAUGU